AUGCCUGGCUCUCUAAGCAAUGAAGACGAGGGGCAAGACGACAUGGAUUUUGAAGACGAAAUACCAGAUGAGGAUGAGGAGAGUGCUGGCCGAAGGGUCGCCCUUUCACCUCUGGACCGGUUCUUCUCGGAUGACGAGUCCCUCAAGGAGCAGAAGAAGAAGAAGCCGGCCAAGCUAAAAGAGGGGAAGAUGCCCAAGGUCAAGAAGAAGAAAAAAGAGGUGCCCGUUGUGAGCGAGCACGAGGACACGUCGGACAGAGACGAGGACGACCACAGAGGGCGAGAGAGGUCCGGCAGCGAGAGCAGCACCUACGCCUCGAUGAAGAAGAAGAAGAAGCCCAAGGAGAAGAAAGAGAAGAAGACCAAACGCAGGAAGAGGGAGGAGGAGGAAGAUGACGACGAUGAUGACGAUGGGAAUAUGAAGGAGCCAAAGUCCUCGAGUCAGCUGAUGCUGGAGUGGGGUCUGGAGGAUGUGCAGUACGCCUUCUCCGAGGAGGACUACAAGACCAUCACCAACUACAAAGCCUUCAGCCAGUUCCUCAGGCCCCUUAUUGCCAAGAAGAACCCCAAGAUCCCCAUGUCUAAGAUGAUGACGGUGCUGGGGGCCAAGUGGCGAGAAUUCAGCGCCAACAACCCUUUCAAGGGCACCUCUGCCACGGCCGUGGCUGCCGCGGUGGCCGCUGCCGUGGAAACGGUCACCGUGUCGCCGCCCAUCUCCCUCAGCAGCGUCCAGCAGGCGUUGCAGCCAGGGCCAAUCAGAAAAGCCAAAACCAAAGAAGGAAAAGGGCCCGGGGUUAGAAAGAAGAGCAAAAGCUGUGUGAAGGACACCAAGAAGAAGGGCAAAGGCAAGAAGACCAAAUCCAAGUCAGGCCAAAGUUCCAAGAGGAAAAAGGCAUCAUCGAGCGAGGAAGACUUCCUGGAUGAGUCGGACUUCCCAGAUGAUGUCAGCAUCCACAGUGCCUCCGUCCUCUCGGACAGCGCGGCGGCGCCCAAGAAGAAGCCCCCGACGACACCGACGGCCGCCGCGGCCGCCCGACGCAGCCGCAAGAAGAGGAAAAGAGAGGAUGGCGAUGGUUAUGAGACGGACCACCAGGACUACUGCGAGGUGUGCCAGCAGGGUGGAGAGAUCAUCCUGUGCGACACCUGCCCGCGCGCUUACCACCUGGUGUGCCUGGAGCCUGAACUGGAGAAGGCCCCCGAGGGCAAGUGGAGUUGCCCCCACUGUGAGAAGGAGGGAAUACAGUGGGAGCCUAAGGACGAGGAGGAGGAGGAAGAGGAGCCGGUGGGCGAGGAGGAGGACGACCACAUGGAGUUCUGUCGGGUGUGCAAGGACGGCGGCGAGCUGCUGUGCUGCGACACGUGCCCCUCCUCGUACCACAUCCACUGCCUUAACCCGCCCCUCCCCGAGAUCCCCAACGGAGAGUGGCUGUGCCCUCGCUGCAUGUGUCCCCCGCUCAAAGGUAAGGUGCAGAAGAUCCUGCACUGGAUGUGGGGCGACCCUCCCCUGCCCCCGGAUCUACCCCCCGGGCCGGACGGCGAGCCUGCGGACCCCCUGGCCAAGCCUCCCUUAAAGGGUCGCCCGGAGAGGAUGCUGUUUGUGAAGUGGGCCAGCCUCUCCUACUGGCACUGUUCCUGGGUCAGCGAGCUGCAGCUGGAACUGUACCACACGGUCAUGUACCGCAACUACCAGCGCAAGAACGACAUGGACGAGCCGCCACCGUACGACUACGGCUCCGGGGAGGAGGAGCUGAACAUCGAGAAGAGGAAGAGCAAAGACCCGCACUACGCCGCCAUGGAGGAGCGGUUCUACCGCUACGGCAUCAAGCCCGAGUGGAUGAUCAUCCAUCGCAUCCCCAACCACAGUUUUGAUAAGGACGGAGAUUUGCAUUACCUCAUUAAGUGGAGAGACCUGCCGUAUGACCAGUGCACCUGGGAGGUGGACGACUUUGACAUUCCAGAGUACGACAACUUCAAGCAGUCAUAUUGGGAUCACAGGGAGCAGGUGCUGGGUGAGGACCAUCGCCCCCUGGUGGUGAGACAGGACAAGAGCUCCUCUAAGGACGAGAAGAAGAGAGAAGUCGUUCCUGACUCACCCAUAGUUGAUCCCACCAUUAAGUUUGAGCAGCAGCCGUGGUACGUCAACGAGACCGGGGGCACCCUGCACCCGUACCAGCUGGAGGGCCUGAACUGGCUGCGCUUCUCCUGGGCACAGGGCACCGACACCAUCCUGGCCGACGAGAUGGGCCUGGGCAAGACGGUGCAGACCAUCGCAUUCCUUUACUCGCUUUACAAGGAGGGUCAUUCCAAAGGGCCAUUUUUGGUAAGCGCUCCCCUGUCCACCAUCAUUAACUGGGAGAGGGAGUUUGAGAUGUGGGCGCCAGACUUCUACGUGGUGACCUACACCGGUGACAAAGACAGCCGCGCAGUCAUCCGCGAGAACGAGUUCACCUUCGAGGACAGCGCUGUCAAAUCUGGCCGCAAGGUGUUCCGUAUGAAGAAAGAUACGCCUAUAAAAUUCCAUGUCCUGCUGACCUCAUACGAGCUGAUUACCAUCGAUCAGGCCAUUCUGGGUUCGAUUACAUGGGCCUGUCUGGUGGUAGACGAAGCACACAGGCUUAAAAAUAACCAAUCAAAGUUUUUCAGAAUCCUGAAUGGCUACAAAAUCGACUACAAGCUGCUCCUCACCGGAACGCCCCUGCAGAACAAUCUAGAAGAGCUCUUUCAUCUGCUCAACUUCCUCACUCCAGAACGCUUCAAUAACCUGGAGGGCUUCCUGGAGGAGUUUGCGGACAUCUCCAAGGAGGACCAGAUCAAGAAGCUGCACGACCUGCUGGGGCCCCACAUGCUGCGGCGGCUCAAGGCCGACGUCUUCAAGAACAUGCCGGCCAAGACGGAGCUCAUCGUCCGCGUGGAGCUCAGCCCCAUGCAGAAGAAGUACUACAAGUUCAUCCUCACACGGAACUUCGAGGCGCUGAACUCCAAGGGCGGAGGCAAUCAGGUGUCCCUGCUCAACAUCAUGAUGGACCUCAAAAAGUGCUGCAACCACCCUUACCUGUUCCCUGUGGCCGCUGUGGAGGCCCCAGUUCUCCCGAAUGGUUCCUAUGAUGGAAACAUGCUGGUGAAGUCGUCAGGCAAGCUCACGCUGCUGCAGAAGAUGCUCAAGAAGCUGAAGGACGAGGGACACCGAGUACUCAUCUUCUCCCAGAUGACAAAGAUGCUGGACCUGCUAGAGGACUUCCUGGAGUACGAGGGCUACAAGUACGAGCGGAUAGACGGAGGCAUCACUGGCGGCCUGCGGCAGGAGGCCAUCGAUCGCUUCAAUGCACCUGGAGCGCAGCAGUUCUGUUUCCUGUUGUCCACGCGAGCUGGUGGACUGGGAAUCAACCUGGCCUCCGCAGACACGGUCAUCAUCUACGACUCGGACUGGAACCCCCACAAUGACAUUCAGGCGUUCAGCAGAGCGCAUCGCAUCGGUCAGAACAGGAAGGUGAUGAUCUACCGCUUUGUGACGCGGGCCUCGGUGGAGGAGCGCAUCACGCAGGUGGCCAAGCGCAAGAUGAUGCUGACCCACCUGGUGGUGCGGCCCGGCCUGGGCUCCAAGACCGGCUCCAUGUCCAAGCAGGAGCUGGACGACAUCCUCAAGUUCGGCACCGAGGAGCUCUUCAAGGACGACAUGGAGGCUAUGUGUAGCCUCGGGGACACCAAGGAAGGGGAGGAGGGCAGCGUGAUCCACUACGAUGACGCCGCCAUCUCCAAACUGCUGGACCGCAGUCAGAACACCUCGGAGGACACCGAGAUCCAGAACAUGAACGAGUACCUGAGCUCCUUCAAGGUGGCCCAGUACGUGGUGCGGGAGGAGGACGGAGAGGAGGAGGUGCAGCGCGAGAUCAUCAAGCAGGAGGAGAACGUGGACCCGGACUACUGGGAGAAGCUGCUGCGCCACCACUACGAGCAGCAGCAGGAGGACCUGGCGCGCAACCUGGGCAAGGGCAAGCGCAUCCGCAAGCAGGUCAACUACAACGACACCUCCCAGGAGGACCAAGAGUGGCAAGAUGAUCUUUCAGACAAUCACUCCGAGUACUCGCUGGGGUCCGAGGACGAGGACGAAGACUUCGAGGAGAGGCCGGAAGGAGGUCGCAGACAGUCACGGAGACAGCUGAAGAGUGACCGGGACAAGCCACUGCCGCCGCUGUUGGCUCGUGUCAGCGGAAACAUCGAGGUGCUGGGCUUUAAUGCACGCCAGCGUAAGGCUUUCCUGAAUGCCAUCAUGCGUUGGGGGAUGCCCCCACAAGAUGCCUUCAACUCCCACUGGCUGGUGAGGGACCUGCGGGGCAAGAGUGAGAAGGAGUUCAGGGCAUACGUGUCCCUCUUCAUGAGGCACCUGUGUGAGCCCGGAGCCGACGGAGCCGAGACGUUUGCCGACGGCGUCCCACGAGAAGGACUGUCCCGCCAGCACGUCCUCACCCGCAUCGGGGUCAUGUCUCUCGUCCGCAAAAAGGUGCAAGAGUUUGAGCAUGUGAAUGGAAAGCUGAGCUCUCCUGAGCUGAUCCCUGCCGGGCUGGAGCUGAAGAAGCUGACGGAGAGCGUGUCCUCCGACCCCAACACGCCGGUCCCUGCCAGCCCCUACCCCACCCAGCCCAGCACACCUGUGCCCUCAGAGAGGGCUGAGUCCACCUCAGGGCCUGCUGAGGAGAAGGAGACUGCUGAGAACACUGACACUACCAAACCCACAGAGCCUGAGGGGCCUGCUGGUUCUGAGGCCUCCCCCGCUCCAGAGAAGACGCCGCCUGCGGACGAAGAGUCCAAAGGAACUUCUGAGGACAAACCUGCAGAGGAGAGUGAGAAAACAGAGCUGGCCACAGCGCAGUCCGAGCCAGUGGACAAUCCCACGCAGGCAUCGGGCAAACAGACAGAGCCAUCGACCAAUCAGACCGCAGCUGCCCCAGCGGAAACAUGCCGAGAAGCAGAGAAACCACUGGAGAAAGCCGAGUGUGAAACUCCCUCUACCAAAGAGGACAAAGAGCAAAAAGCAGUCCCAUGUGACGAGCCCAAACAGGAGGACGCCCCGGAGGGCCAGCUGAACGGAGACCGGGACCCCAGGGACCCCAGAGACCUCAGGGACCCCAGGGACCUCAGGGACGAGACGGACGAAGGCCUGAAGGACGUCAAGAACGGCUGCAAGACCAAGUUCAUGUUCAACAUCGCCGACGGAGGCUUCACAGAGCUGCAUACCCUGUGGCAAAAUGAGGAGCGUGCCGCCAUGUCAUCGGGCAAGACGUACGAGAUCUGGCACCGCCGACACGACUACUGGCUGCUGGCUGGCAUCGUCACACACGGUUACGCGCGCUGGCAGGACAUUCAGAAUGACCCGCGCUACGCCAUCCUCAACGAGCCCUUCAAGACCGAAAUGCACAAGGGCAACUACUUGGAGAUGAAGAACAAGUUUCUCGCAAGACGCUUUAAGUUGCUGGAGCAGGCCCUGGUCAUUGAGGAGCAGCUGAGGCGAGCGGCCUACCUGAACAUGACCCAGGACUCCAGCCACCCGGCCAUGGCCCUCAACACACGCUUCACCGAGGUGGAGUGUCUGGCCGAGUCCCACCAGCACCUGUCCAAGGAAUCUUUGGCCGGGAACAAGCCUGCCAACGCUGUGCUUCACAAAGUGCUGAACCAGUUGGAGGAGCUGCUGAGCGACAUGAAGGCUGACGUGACGCGUCUGCCCUCCAUGCUGUCGCGGAUCCCUCCGGUCUCGGCCCGCCUGGCGAUGUCCGAACGGAGCAUCCUGAGCCGACUCACCAGCCGUGGUAACGAGCCACCCCCUCAGCAGCCAUACCCUCAGGGCUCCUACGGGUGCUCUCAGAUGUACAGCGGGAGCUUCAGCGGGGGGUUCCGAGGGCCCGGGGGAGCUCUGGUCAACUACAGCCAGAUGCCCCUGGGCCCCUACGUCAGCGUGUCCAGUGGACCUCCUCCGUCUGGACUCCUGGAUAAGAAAUCCAGCGACCCUCUGAGAGACGUCGCCACCCCCGACCUGAAGUCAGGGAAGCCCAACGACGUCAUCUGCAUCGAGGACUAGCCCCUACCCCCUGGCCCCUCUGAUCUGGCUUUACGAAAAGUAAAACAAAAACAAAACCAGACUGGCAUAUACUAAGCGAGUAUUAUUAUACAUACAGAAUAUUGUAUUAACUAAUCGUAUUGAUUGCACUUUUUUGUCUUUAAUGACCUCUCAUGUAAAGAAUCUGCCAUCUGAUAGGGUUUAUUUUCCUGUGCUGUGUCUCGCUUAUAUGAGAUUAAUUUUCUUUGUCAGCCGUUGGAAUAGAAGGUGUGUCAUAGGAAUUGGCACUGCCAGUCUUCGAUUCACCCAAGGAGAGGAUGCUUUAUCGCCAACACCACCAGACAUUUUUGCCAUUUUCUCUCUUUCGCUCUUAUCUCUCCCUCUCUCGCUUUCUGUGGAAUCAUGAGUAUCGCCUCCAUUGUGGACAUGAUGCUGGAUGGAUUGCCAUGGCUCUGCAUCUCGAGGUGCUACUGGAUCCAGAGAAGCCUCUUUAGCAGUGGGCUUCUGUCCACCCAAACUCUCCUCCAAGAUCUCUCUUCUUCCCUUCCCUCUUCUCCUUCCUUGCUCCCUCUCUUUAACCGGCGGAGCCCAUGGACUGUGUCUUGGUACAGCCUUGUGCUUAAGAGGAAGAUUCCCUUGUGAAGGAGAGCCCAGAUUGGCCCUCUCCGAUCUGGUCCUGCUGAAGUAGAGAUAUGUACCCUGUAUAUUGUAUGUAUGUUGUAUACCGUACGACAGCAUGGCACCUAGUUCUUCUUCUCUGCUUGUGACCAGUUUCUGAUUGUUUCUUCUUUUUUUUUUUUAAAUCCUGGCAUUACAGUUUACUUUUCAUAGCAGCUUCAGUUUAAUUCUAUAAUCAAUAUCCCUUUUCGGGGGUAUCGAAAGAACUCUAAAACAAUAUUUUGCCUGCGAUAUGCCUCAAACCUUUGGCUUAUGUAAGACUUGCUACUCUGCAGCCAUACUGCUGCAUUGCGGCAUGAUUUCACCUGGCUGAACAUCUCAGAUGUAAAUAGUUAAAGAGAAAAGCUGUUUAAUAUCCCUCGCAUAGUGAAGGGAACUCGGAAGAAAACAAGGCAUUUACUCAAAGGAAAAACAUAGCAGCUGUGUGCUGGUUUAGAGAGCAAGCAGCGUUAAUUUAAUGUCAAUAAAGCAAGCUGAUAAAUUAAUGCUAGGAUUAGUUUGUGCGCUGACUCUGGGUUUUGUAAAUGUUCUUUGAGCCUACCACAUGAAUGUUAGAGAGAGGAUGUGAAAGCUCACCCUGUCCUGUGGUAUGUCUCGCCGGUUGGCGCUCCAGGAGUUUAAUGGGAGUGUAUCAUAGGAAGAGGAGGACUUCCCUUUUUCAUAGCAAGGAACAGAUUAAGAAGAAAAAAUAUCAAAAGUGCUUGCAUCACUAUGUCACCUUUCGGCCUCUGACUUUUGCUCCAUAUUUCUUCAUGAAGGUGCGAUGUGUAUUCAAUACAAAGUUUAACAUUUUUGUGUCUGUGAAGCGAACGGAAAACAAAACAGCAGAAAAAAAAAUAUCAAAAAGCUGUGCCACUGAACAGUUAUUCAGAGCUGUGAGCUCUGUUUGUUUCAAGGUGUCUUUUAUUCUCGGCGAGGGAGCAACAUAUAGUAAAAAUUCAUAUUUUAAAGACAGCAUGACAAGUUCGCUACGGAAACAGCGCUCACACUGUCUGUCUGUGAUUGUCUGAAGUGAUAACUACCUUGAAAAAAAAAUGUUUUAUUGCUAUUUUUUGUCUUUUAAUGAAUGUCUUUUCAAUGUUUUUAUCAGUGGCCUCCUUAUGAGGCUUUUUGAUUUUCUCCAAAGACCAGAGGCAUUACUCGUGUCCUUUUUUUUUUUAAAGUUAUGAUUCUCCUUAAAAUAUGAUUAUGAUUAUUAUUAUUAUUCUUGUCGUUGUUGUAUUAGUACAGCGCUUUACUGUGGAAAUGUAAGUCUAAAAUGGUGUAGUCUUUAUGGAGGGCGGGGGGGAUCUGGAACAGUGCAAUGAAUGGAACAAGGGUGCAUCGUGUCUGAUUAAAUCUGUGUGUUUUGAUAUAAAAAAAAAGGCACUAAGUGUCUCUUACAUGUGGGCCGGAGAUCGGACUGUUGAACAGGUGACCUGAUGACCUUGAGAUUUUCUGCCUUGCGUGUCCUCCUUGGGCCAAACCUGUGUUUGUAAAAUGACUGAAUGAAGCACUUUAUCUGGGGAGAGAUACUGUCUCAAGAUGUCGUGGGAGUCAAUAUGUAAAUGAGGGCCAGACUAAAGUAGGUUCUUUGAAGUAGUAUGUCAGUGCAGUAGACAUCAUUAAUUCACACGUUUGCCACCCCUCUCCAAACCCUCUUUCAGAAGAGCAGUCUUUUCUUCAGGUGUAUGUACUUACAGCCCACUUGAUAUACCAAGGUCAACCCUUUGAUUGUAGGCCUAAGUUAGGCCAUACUGCAGUAGUUUUGAUUAGUUUUGACAAGUGCACAUUAUCCAGCUGUAUCUUCCUGGGUGUGUCACUCAUCAAACAUAGGCUCAUAAGAUAAUAUUUCCCAGGCUGUAUUCAUUGAUGUCAGAAGACCAUCGAUCAUUUGCGUGCAACUCUGGCAUGUCAUUUGACAGUUGUUAAAGUCCACAGACAUACAUAUUUAGUAUGCCAUAAAUCUACAGUGGACCAGAGAAACCAAUAUAAAGACCUACAUUUUUGUCACUCUACAGUAUUUUGCUGGAUGAAGGAAGUUCAAAUUUGACCCAACUUUUGUAACCAGACAGUUAUUCCUUUUUUUUCUCUCUGUUCCAUCCAAUAUAGUUCUGUUGUGUUCUUAGUUAAUCAGAGUGCCGAAAACGACUGACUAUAGCUCUAAACGAAAUGCAAUCAAACUGAAGCCAGUAUGAAUGUAGGAAGUAUAUAGCAAACAGAAGAGGCUUCAGUCUAAUACUAUUCAAUGUAUUUACACUCUUCACUCAUUAACACUUGGCUUUAAAAGCUAUCAGGAGACCUUGGCUGCGGCACCGUUUGUUGCGAUAAACGCACAGCAUGUAGACAUGUUCUUGGUUGACUUUGACAAGAUGGAUGUGUAUUUAUUAAGGUGAGGAGGGCAGUGUGUAAUGAUACGCAGUAUUUCGCUCCGACGCGAACAUUUGUUGUGAACAAGACGUGAAAAGGACAUGAAAAAUGAGUCAUCAUCUUUUCCUUUGUACUCAGUGUAUUUGUUUAAUGUGUUUUAAUAAAUU